UGACCCUCACCUUCCAUCAAAAGCGCGUUCCUCCGGUUUGAAUUUGCCGAGCUGGCAUGGCGUGGAACGUGGCCCGUUCAUUGCAGGACUGGGCGCCAUGGCUGAAAAGGAAAGCAUGAUGCUGAGCUGUGUUUGCGGCAGAGUCUGAAAGCAGAGGUGAAAGCACAUUGAGAGCUCCUGACUUGGUGACAGUUGGUAAAGUUCUUAUGCUAAUGCAGGGUGCACGAGCCUGCUUCUUAUGUUCUCAGCUGGUGUAAGCAAAACGCUCGCGAGCUCUGCGGUUGGACUACGCUCAGCUGUGAAAAUGGCUCUCCUCCGCGUACUGUCACAAAGUCGACAAGGUAGCAGCUCGCUACUGGGGUCCAUGGGGUUGAGGAUGUUCUCGGGGCGUGCCUCAGCCAGAGUAGAACCUGGCCCUGCUGGGUGGUAUGAACACAAGCGGAUAUCAAACCUUGGCAAGUUGGAAGAUCUGAUGUAUGACGGGCGUGUGCAGUGGGUUUUCCUGGGGAUGCCUGGGGUCGGGAAGGGCACGUACGCAAGCAGAGUUGCAGAUCUGAUGCAGGUGCCUCAUAUAUCGGCGGGAGACUUGGUCAGGGAAGAGCUGAGGAAAGGGUCAGCAUAUGCUCAGGAGAUGCAGGAGGUGAUACAGGCGGGUCAGCUGUUGCCAGACAGCAUGAUCCUAGAUCUGAUAAAGGCGAGGUUGCACCAGGGACAGCAGAUGGGGGAGCGGGGUUUCAUUCUGGAUGGGUUUCCGAGGACUGCUCUCCAGGCGGCAGCUCUGGAAGACAUAGCGGAGAUUACGCUGGCGCUCAAUCUGCGUCUAAGGGAGGACGUUUUGGUGCAGAAGUGCCUCGGCAGGCGGACGUGCGGUCAGUGCGGAAAAGGUUUCAAUCUCGCGGAUAUCAACGUUGCAGGGGUCAAUGGAGCCCCCCGGAUAGUGAUGCCUCCCAUGAGUCCUCCCUCCGCCUGUAUAGGCAAGAUGGUAAUGAGAUCAGAUGACACAGAGGAGAUCGUAAGGAAGCGGCUGGCGGUGUACAAGGAGCAGAGCCAACCAGUGGAGGACUUCUACCGGCGAAGAGACGUUCUUUUAGAUUUUGACGUUGGUGGUGGUAUACCGGAGACAUGGCCCCGGUUGUUGAAGGCUUUGUACGAUGAGAACCGGGAAAGGGAGUUACUAGAACCUGAGCCAAGAGCUGCCUGAAUGUCUUGAAUUCCGUACUUGCUGCUGCUCGCAAACAGAAUGGAAUAUCAUCUGAGUAGUCAAUGUCUAGCUGCCCACUGAUAUGACAGGUAAAAGGUAUACAUACAAGUUUACGAGGUUAUAGAGCGACUCAUGGAUCAUCAUUCUUUGCUCGGGCCAUUGCCUAGAGCCAAAUAUAGAAGAACCAAAGAGCACUUGAUAAACAGUUUACGCGUCCAUGUCGGUUGAGUCUUCAUUUGCUGCAAAUCGCAGUCAAAUCCAGAGUGUUUUGCGGUGCAUAUUGACCUAAGUAACAUGCUUGAAGGAGGGCUCAAUUCAGAGGGGGGGGGCGGUUCGUCUGUUUUGGAAGAGCCACUCAUUUCAGAAGGAGAACUGUUUGCCUUUUCAAUCCAUGCAAAGGCAAGGGGUCCUGCCAACCAAGAUAGUUCCCGG